AACAUGUUAUGAUGGUUCACUAUCAAAGACAAAGAUUAUUAAUUUGUUAAAAAAUGUUUUGUAACAGAUAUGAAAAUUGUUUGAAAUGGUGUUAUAACAGAGAUGAGUUGGGAGACUGCUCACGGGCAGGAUCGUGCGAUCGCAUGCUGUGCUGCCCUCUGGUUUAAUGAAAAGUGAAAAAUGAGUGACAAACAUACAUCGGUUACCCGAACUCCGCUUAAAAGUAGUAACAGAGCAAAUAGGCCUUUUCGAUCACCUUUUAGUAAUAUUCCCAAGCUCGAUAAGACUGGUCCGAAGGCUAGCCCAUCGUCCUGUUCACUAAUUUCUGGAAAGCGAUCGGCACUGCAAAAAAAUAUAAAAGUCAAACGAAGGUGUGUAGAAAAUAUAAGCGAGAAGGUGCAGAAAGAAAAUGCAAGUACAGUUGUGGUAUGGAAUGACCUCGUUGCCUUACAAGAUAGAAUCCAAAAAAAAGAGGAGGAGAUUAAUUCAUUAAAAUCAAAGUUCACUCAUAGCAGAAAAUAUAAAUUGGACGAUCUAAAAUCUGCUAUAAAUACAUGGCAGCAGGGCUGUCAAGAAGCUCUUGAAGAAUUACGUAAAAAUGUUCAAGAAAGAAAUGGACGCACAAUUAAUAUGGUGGAGCUUUUGACAGCAUUGGGUAUACCGGUUGACAUGGUGGGGUUAAAUGUUGAAGAUGAUACGUUCGCAUAAUUGUUUUUUCCAGGAAAAGGAUAAAGUAUUUAUGGAUAUACAAUAUGUACUGAUUUUCUAAUUUAAGCAUAAAUGUUUAAUUUAGUAUUUAUGAGGCCUAAAUGGAUUAUCUGGAUCAAACAGUUUAGGAUCCUCCACGUAGCUUAAAUUUUUUGCAUAGUAUCCCAUAAGACCUGUAAAAAAAAGUAUUUGUUAUUUGAACAUUAACAUAUUAUUAUAUAAAGGACAUUAAUAUUACGAA